GAGCUUUCUUGGCGAGCUUGUUCCUCGUCCGGGGGCCUGUCCAGAGAAGUAAAAUCCGGGCAGCUGCAGCCGCAAACUCUUCGCCGGCGCGGGGCUGAGGGAAUUCGCCGAGUGCCAGCGGCGCGAGCUGGUGAACAGAGGGUGAGGGUCGGAGGCUGAAAAAGGACUCCACUCGCCAGUAUAGUUUCAGAAUGUCAAGUACUGUGUCCUACUGGAUCUUCAAUUCUGCAAGGAAUUAUAUUGCUACAUUUCAAGGGGGCAGACGUUUGUACUCGAGUGUGACGAAUAGGAAUCAGUUGAAAUGGAGACUCUUUUCUCCUGCACUGCCCACUAUAAAAAGCAGUUCCCCAUGUGGUAACUUUGCUUUGUGGAAAGCCUACAGACACACAUCAACUGAAGAAGAGGAUUUCCACUUGCAGCUCAGCCCUGAGCAGGUCAAUGAAGUGCUUCGAGCUGGUGAAUUAUCCCACAAGGUUCUUGAUUUCAACAGUGGAGUCCUACAUUCAGUGUUGAGGUUUGAGAGCAACCAGCUGGCUGCCAACUCACCAGUGGAGGACCGACAAGGUGUAGCUUCCUGCCUGCAGACCAACGGGCUGAUGUUUGGCAUCUUUGAUGGACACGGUGGCCAUGCAUGUGCGCAAGCAGUGAGCGAGAGGCUCUUCUACUACAUGGCAGUGUCCCUUGGAGCAGAUGGAAGAAGAAUGGAAAACAUGAAGCCCCUGCUGCCCAUCCUGCAGUGGCUCAAGCACCCAGGGGACAGUAUCUAUAAGGAUGUCACAUCAGUACAUCUGGACCACCUUCGUGUCUAUUGUCAGGAACUGCUUGACCUGCAUAUGGAGAUGGGGCUCAGCAUUGAAGAAGCAUUAAUGUAUUCCUUCCAGAGAUUGGAUUCUGACAUCUCGCUUGAAAUUCAGGCUCCCCUGGAAGAUGAGGCGACAAGGAAUUUGUCCCUCCAGGUUGCUUUCUCUGGAGCAACAGCUUGCAUGGCCUAUGUCAAUGGAGUUCACCUGCAUGUAGCAAAUGCUGGUGACUGUCGGGCUAUCCUUGGUGUCCAGGAAGAAAAUGGUACGUGGUCCUGUUUACCUCUUACCUGUGACCACAAUGCCUGGAAUGAGGCUGAGCUGUCCCGACUGAAGCGGGAACACCCUGAGUCAGAGGACAGGACACUCAUCAUAGACGAUAGGCUGCUGGGGGUCCUUAUACCCUGCAGGGCCUUCGGAGAUGUCCAGCUGAAAUGGAGUAAAGAGUUGCAGCACAGUGUCCUAGAGAGGGGCUUUGACACUGAGGCCCUCAACAUCUACCAGUUCACGCCACCCCACUACCACACUCCACCCUAUCUGACUGCCAAACCUGAGGUCACAUACCACAGGCUGAGGCCCCAGGAUAAGUUCCUUGUGUUGGCCUCAGAUGGCUUGUGGGACAUGCUGAGCAAUGAGGAUGUGGUGAGGCUGAUGGUGGGGCACCUGUCCAAAGUAGGUCACCACAAGCCAGACCUGGACCAAAGGCCGGCCAACCUGGGACUCAUGCAGAGUCUGCUGCUGCAGAGGAAAGCCAGUGGACUCCAUGCAGCUGACCAAAAUGCAGCCACACAUCUGAUCAGACAUGCCAUCGGGAGCAAUGAGUAUGGGGAGAUGGAGCCAGAGCGACUGGCUGCCAUGCUGACAUUGCCAGAGGACGUGGCCAGGAUGUACCGGGAUGAUAUCACUGUCACUGUUGUGUUUUUUAACUCAGAUUCAAUUGAUACUUAUUACAAGGGGGGUUAAGAGUCUCCUAUCCUGUUGCCAAGGCUACCAUGAUUGCCCUUUAAAACAUUUUCACUUACUCCUAAGUGAGCUAUUCAGACCUUUCUGGUAGGAUAGGCAGAUAGAGGUUGCUGAGUAAUUGACUAAUACAAGAAGAGGGGGGAGGGCUAGUUAUAACAACAGUAGCAGUGAUUUUUAUGUCUUGGUGUGCACUGGUAAACUCCUAUGCAGAGGACAGAGAUUAAAGACUAGAAUUGGCUUAGGCCCUUGUAGCUGGUGUCCUUUACAAAGACAGUCUCUGUCAUUGUAUAACUGUGUCAUCCUGUGCUUUUAGAGGAUAAAUUUAAUCAUGAUUCUAAGAAUAAAGAACUCUGGGAUCUUCUGAGACCCAACUUCAAAAUCUACAAAUGUGGUAAUUCGGAACUCACAGUUAUACACACCUUCUAGGCUAUGAAAUUUUCUUUUUUUUUUUUUAAAUUAUGGAAGCUUCAGUUUACAAAGCACACUACAGGGCACUUUUCUAUGCAAUAUUCUAACUUUUUUUUUGCGUGUGACUUUUUGUAAUACUGUGAAGAUAUUUUGUUAUAUUGCAUUUUAGCUCUAAAUUAAUUUUAAAACUGAAUUCUCAAACUUGCAGGCAGGCCUACUGUAAGCGAGUUUGGGACUAAUCUGUUUUUCAGAGGGGCUAGGCCUAUGGACCAGCUGAAUUUAAUUGUGCAGCAUUUGGCCUCCUCUACUGAGUCUCACUCCCAAACCUUUGAGCCACACUAGGAGGUAAUUUAUGUCUAAUCCCUAAUUCCUGGCCUUUUUUACUUAGUAAAAUGUUCCUGCUUGGCUGAGCCUUGGGGCUAUUCAUAGUUUUUAGUCUUUCUGAUUCUAUCUGUCAAACACUCUGGUUCCAUCUGGCACAAUCCUACCUCUGCUCUGCUGCUGAACCUCACUCUGCUGCCACUGAAAGUCUUUCACUUGUUCUGCCUUCUAAAGGUUCCAAGUCAGGAGGCAUGUGAUCACAUGGUAGUUGUAGUGGACAUUUAGGCAGAACAGGCUUAUUCAGUGGUUUGUGGACUUAAGAGUUCAGCCUGAAUCUAGAGGUGAAAAUACGAAGGUCCUAAGAACAGCCACGAGCCAAGGCUUUCUUUCUGCAUUUUGAGAAGCAGGAAGGAGGAGGGAGAUUUAUCAGAUGGGACAUCUGCCCCUGACUGUGAGAAAUUGCUUCAGGAAUUAGAUCGUAGUUAGUAUCAGAGUUGGGCAGAAAUACAAAUGCAGCUCAUCAUAGUUUUCAGAGGCUGCAAAGUCUUUGUAUUUACUUGAAAAUUAACCCACACGGAUCCUUUUUAGGGGAUGAGUUUCCUCUUCUAAUGAGUGGCUGUGGCAUAUAAACAGCAGGAAAUGUGUCCCUAAAUGGAAACAAAUAUUUUUUUGUAGGAUUAGCCCUCAAAACUUGGCAGCUCUAGUUUCCUGUACCUCAUCAGAACUCUUCAGUGUUGGUGAACUCUAUUAGUUGAUUCUUUGCUUCUUACCUGCAGUGCCAUCCACUGAAUAGCAGAUAACUAGGUUUGGCUUCCUUGGCUUUACAAGUGACAUUGUCAAGAGUUGGGACUGGGCUGAUGAGAUGGCUCACUGGGUAAAGGCUGCAACCUGAGUUCCAUUCCUGGGACCCACACAUGGGUAGAAGGAGAGAACCAACUCCUGAAAACUGUCCUCUGACCUCCACAUGCAUGCACUCACACAAAAUAAAUUGGAAAAAAAUUCAUAAAAGAAUUAGGAUCAUUCUGUACAGGUAUAAUCAUUUUCCAUUAUACCUGUUUAGUGAUGUGGUUUCAUAUGUGAAAUUUUCUUUUGGGUAUUUAAGCCUUGGUUCUUUUGUUCUGAAACCAUUACUGUUCCUUCUGAUCUCUUACACGUUUACCCAAAAACAAAAUGUGAUUCUCCAUUGAGGUUCCCAUACCCACAUUUGGGCAUGUUUACUUUCUGUGACUCUUUGAGAAGUCCACACCCAUAUACUCUGGUGUGUCUUCUUUUCCUUUGAGUGCCUCUUUCUCUUAACCCUCAUGUUAAGCCUAUUCUAAAUGAUUAGACCCCAACUCAAUUUCCUAAAAAUAAAAGAUAAUAUAAAAUGUAAACUAAGCAUGGUAUCUAAUGCCAGUAAUCCCAGUGCUUGGGCAGUAGAGGCAGGAGGAUCAGAAGUUUAAGGU